ACCAAGAACCCGAAGUUUAACACGAAAUACGGAAUUUACGAACCCAACUGCGGCCUCGAUAAAGUGUACAUGUCUUGGGGCCACGACGAGUACUUGUACCACGUCCUUAAGCACAACAAGUCCACGCUGCCUGAGGAAGGACUCUACAUGAUUAGGUACCACUCCUUCUACCCCUGGCACACGGGCGGCGACUACAUGCACCUGUGCGACAACCGUGACCUGGAGAUGCUUCCCUGGAUCAGGGAAUUCAAUAAAUUCGACCUUUACACGAAGAAGGAAAAAGUACCAGACAUCGAGGAACUAAAACCUUACUACCAGUCUUUGAUCGACAAGUACUGCCCAGGGACACUUAAGUGGUAGAACUUAAG